AUGGGGGAACCAUCAACGAAGCGGCGCAAAGUCCGUAAAGGAACACGCAGCUGCUGGGAAUGCCGUAGACGCAAGAUCAAGUGCCAAUUCAACAGCGACGAAGAUGCAAUCUGCGUGGGCUGUCUUCAGCGCGAGACGACAUGCAUCUCGCAGGAGUACGUCCAGGAGCCUGCAGCUCCCACACAGGACAAGCGUCUCGCACAGCGCCUCGGACGACUCGAGAUGUUGAUGGAGAAGCUUGUCGACAAUUCAGUCCCUGAGCCUUCACCAGCCCGAAGAGUGCACAUCCCUUCACCCUCCGAUUCGGAUGAACCGUCCACCUUUCGCCGCUUCACGCAGCAAGCGGCUGAUGUGUUUGACUCUUCAGUCGUGGACAAUGCCCAGCACAUGACAUCUUCAUUAAACCAUUCCGAUACACCUCUAACAUCCCUCCCCGAUUCAACCCCCAUAGUCCCCCCAAUCCGCUUCCCAUCCCGCCUCGCAAAAGCAAAUCACAUCUCCCCCCAACUACACGCCCUCUUCCCACCCCAAAGAACCCUGUACGCCAUCUCCCAGCAGAGUCCCGGCGCACGCUUCGUCCUCGCAGCCUUUUACUCCCAAAAAGAUCAAAUCGACGGAAAACCAGAACCUCUUUCAUCUCUAGCCCAGAUCCCAGAUAUCACCAGCCAUCCCGCCAUCUUGGCCAAGCGGCUCCUCCAGCUGGCAGUCUGUCUCCAACAGAUGCCCGCCUUCUUCGACGGGAGCACCCUAGGUCUCAAAAAGUCCAUGGCCGAGACCAUGGAGGAAUGGGUCUCGGUAACAUCCAGGCUCGUCACAUCAGACGACGACUUUGUAGGAUGCCUCGAAGGUCUAGAGUGCCUCAUCAUCCAGAGCUUCUACCAAAGCGACGCGGGGCAACUGCGCAAGGCAUGGAUGACAUGUCGUCGCGCCCUCAAUAUGGCCCAGCUCAUGGGUAUUGAUCGCCGAUCUGCAAAGUCGAUCCGCUCCUGCGAUCCAUCCUUUGACCCUAGACGACGUCCAUCUCCAGCUGUAAUCUGGUUCCGCAUUAACUGCAACGACCGGUAUCUGUCUCUCAUCCUCGGCCUCCCCAUUGGAUCCCGCGACAACUGGUUUGCUUCAGACGAAGGUAUCCAAUCCGAUGCACCUAGCGACAGGCUCGGAAAGGUAUACGCCGUCAUCUCCGGCAAAAUCGCCGACAGAAACGAGAUGACGGGCAGCGAAGCAUACGCCCUAACGCAGUCAAUCGACCUGGAACUUGAGAAAGCCUUCAAGAUGAUGGACGUCCUAUGGUGGAAACUCCCGGAUAUGGCCAUAUGCUGCAACUCAUCCGACACAUCCGGCGACAACAUGUCAGUCGUCAAGCUCCAGAUCCGUCACUACUCACUCCUCAUCCUGCUCCACCUCCCAUACCUUCUCCGGGACCGUGGCCAGAGACGAUAUGAAUACAACCGCGCCACCUGCAUGCAGGCAAGUCGCGAUGUAUUGGCCCGCUUCCUCGAGUACCGGACUUGUUUCACAACAGCCAUCGCCGGUCGACACGUUGAUUACUCUGCCUUAGUAGCCGCCAUGACACUCCUCCUCGGCUAUCUUGGCUGGCGAUGGCCCGGGUACGAAGCCCAGCGAGCUCAAGAUCGAGAAUUGGCCGAAAAGGCGCAGGACAAGAUGAACGAGAUGGGAGCCAUGAACAACGACAGACUCUGUAUCGAAGCAGCCGAAACAAUUCGCCAGCUUCUCCCCAUCGUUCAAAGAUCUACAAACGGAGAAGAGAGAAACGUCCAUCUCAACAUCCCCUUCUUAGGAACAGUAAACAUCAACCCGGGCCCAUCACCUCCGCCAUCCACAGGCAUGAUGCCAACACCCACGGGCAACACAGAAGGAGGCCUAUCCUCGGAAAUCCCCUUCUCUUUCUCCCUCAACGAGCCUUCGUUCACACCACAGGCACCCGAGAUCAACGACAUUUCCACAACCUGUCCUCUGGAGAAUGCAACCCCCGAUUGUGUAACUGCCGAAUGGCCAUGCUUCACAGCCGACCCAGAGGAUUGGGCUCUACAGGGAGUAGACACGACGUAUUGGUCCAUGUUGAAUAGCAGCAUAACAUGA